CUCUUGUCCAAUGGACGAGGGCGCACCAACGUUCCAUCCGGUCCGUGGAAGUAACAAGCGAGGCAGAGAGAGAGAGAGGCGCGCCGUGAAAGCCCCAGUCCAAUCCCCUCAUCAUCCUCGCAUGGAGCGUGGAGCGUCAAGACGUCGCUGAGAAGAGAGAAAGAGAGUUCCAAGUUUCACUUCUAGAGCGCAGGAACUUUUGGUUCCCAAAGUCCUUGCGAGAGAAAAGAGACUAUUUCUCUAAAUGAUGAGCAAAGUGGACGCGCCAUGCAGGCCGACUGCCGCGUCUCUCAAAUUCACCAUAGACAAUAUUCUGAACCUGCAGACAAACUCGAGCGGUAACGGUAGGAAGACAGUUGACAGCUGUCAUUCCGGUAGCAGGCUACAGAAUAGCACGGGACUAUACUGGUUCGAUGACCAUCAACGGAUAAUUGACCCCGCGACAAGGCUACAAGAUGAAGAGCCGGAUAACGACUGUAGCCCAACCGGAGGACCCAAGGCCGUCGCUAUCACCCGGGAAGACUCGUUACAGAUCACCGACAAUUGCUUCGAAAGCGGAGACAGCGGCGACGACUGCUCCUCGACGCAUCACACCGGGGACGGUGAUAGCGGCGGCAAGAAAAAACAACUGACAACCAAGAAAAAAACUCGCACCAUCUUCUCCAAGAGACAGAUCUUUCAGUUGGAAUCUACUUUCGAUAUGAAGCGGUACCUUAGCAGCGCCGAGCGCGCCUGCCUCGCCAGUUCUCUCCAGUUAACGGAAACGCAGGUCAAAAUUUGGUUCCAGAAUCGAAGGAAUAAAUUGAAAAGACAGAUUUCAUCCGCGCUAGAUGGUCCCAGCGGGGAUUUCUCCGACGCGGGUCCGGGGAAGGCUCUGCAGCUCCCGGCCUUGUACAAAGACAGUAACCUGCUAGGAAGAUGUUUGAUGCCGAUACCCCUGCCCAUCGUAUACCCUGGCAGUAGCACGCCUUAUUUAUGUUUUUCCAAUGCCAGCAAGUACUUUAGUCUAUUCGAAGGAGACGUUGUCCUGUAGACAAGACCGAGUCUGUUUAAAGGAGACGUUGUCCUGUAGACAAGACCGAGUCUGUUUAAAGGAGACGUUGUCCUAUUUAGACUUGGCCUAGUCUGUUCGAAGGAGGCGUAGAGUUGGGCCUAUAUACUUUUCUGCAUCGACGCCAUAAAGACACUGUUUACAAGGUGGAUAUAUCAUGCCAAUUUCAGCUUCCGCAUUUAGCGAUUUUUUUACCCCAUCCUCAUCUUGGUAAAAACGUAAGGUCGUGUCUGGCCCGUGUAGGCCUUUAAAGGCUACUUGUAAGGAUAGCCAGUUGACCUAAGGCCUAACUCAAUCCUACUUGUCACAUCGAUAGCCUGUUGACCUAAGGCCUAGCUCAACCCUACUCGUCACAUCGAUAGCCUGUUGACCUAAGGCCUAGCUUAAUACUACUUGUCACAUCGAUAGCCUGUUGACCCUAAGGCCUAGCUCAAUACUACUUGUCACAUCGAUAGCCGGUUGACCUAAGGCCUAGCUCAAUCCUACUUGUCACAUCGAUAGCCUGUUGACCCUAAGGCCUAGCUCAAUCCUACUUGUCACAUCGAUAGCCUGUUGACCUAAGGCCUAGCUCAAUCCUACUUGUCACAUCGAUAGCCUGUUGACCCUAAGGCCUAGCUCAAUCCUACUUGUCACAUCGAUAGCCUGUUGACCUAAGGCCUAGCUCCAUCCUACUUGUCACAUCGAUAGCCUGCGCCAAUUGUAUUUAUUGACAAGACAUCAACAAUGUUGAUAUAAAAGUAAAGAACAUAUUUCCAGGAUAUCCAUUCACACAAAGACAUGCAGAACAACUCCCUAUUCCGUUUGACGUUAUAAUACUAGAUACUUGUUUUUGUACGCAGAGUACCAGCGUAGGCCUAAAACAGUGGGUCUAAUAAUCAUUUAUUAAAUUAUUAUUAUUAUUAUUAUUAUUAACCUGUUGUUAACAAUAGCCUUUUCCAGCAGUCUA